GGCGCGUUGUGCGCCACCUCCCUCCUGCCCGCGCCGCUGCGCUCCCGCCGCCUUUGCUGCCAGUCUACACACUUUCCAUCCGCCACUGCCUUGCGUGCUGGGACCAGGGGUGCUCAGACCCUCGCAGGAUAGGCAAUCGGCCCAUCCAGCCGAAACAGAGACGCUUCCGAGAAAUGGACUGAUCUAUGUGACGAUGUGGAGCUUUUGACAGCGGUCUGCACCUCUCAGGACCAUGUGACAGGUGCCAUUUGAGAUAGUUUCAGAGCCCAGCGCACCCUUCACUGAACAGUUUGAUGGAGAAUCGGUCGGAUGACAGCAGGAACUGUUGUAAUCACUGGAGGAAUACUAGCGACAGUGAUCUUACUGUGUAUCAUUGCUGUUCUGUGCUAUUGUAGGCUACAGUAUUAUUGCUGCAAGAAAGAUGACGCUGAUGAAGAGGAAGAGGAGGAAGAGGAGGAGGAGCAGGAGGAGACCGACCUUCCUUCACACUCGCACUAUGCCAUGUGCAACGCUUGCAACUCUCGCAUCAUGGACGGGCAGAGCAGCAACUCCUUUCCGCCCCACGAGAUUAACAAGCCAGGCAAUCGGAACCAUUGCCCGGCCUGCUCCCCCUAUGGCUCCCCCUUUUACAUACGGACCGCCGACCUGGUGCGUAACGGGGGCGAGAGGAUCACCUACAUGCCUACGUGCUGCAAAGAAAUGGGGCUGCCCCUCAAAAUGGCUGGCCUCCAGAGUUUCCCGGUGACCCACCACCACUGCAUCGUACACGAGACCUUUCCCAACUCGAGGGCUUUCAGUACAGAAGUCUGACCGCAACCGGUUACGGCCGUAGGGUGCUUCGGUGUGAUCCCCUUGGGGCAGUGGGGAUUGCUACGGAAACCUUUCAACAAAAACGGAACAUGCAUCCAAGACCCGACGUUGUUCCUGAUCGUUGCAGCAAGGCUCUUCUUAUUAAGAGGGAAAGUAGUGACAUUGCGCCCAAGACAUUGAACUUGGUGGUUUUUGAACCUGCAAGCAGUGUUGGGUCCGCUGAAGGGUCUUGUCUUAGGAGGGCUAUGUACAGUACAAACUAACUAACUUGUAUUUAAACACUCUUGCAGGUCCACCCUGACCCCACAUACAUCUUUGGUGUCUACAUGUAGAAAACCCUAUUUGUCUCUCUCUCUCUCUCCAAAGCAAUAGCCACUGGUCUCCCUUGACAGGUAA